AUGCUUUUUUGUUUAUUCAUAAUAUUUAAUAUUAUAUAUUCAAUUUCAUGUACAAUAACUUGUUUUAACUGCCCAAUUGAUACAAAUAAUUUCGAUUAUUUUAUUACUGUAAAUAAUGUACCCGAUCAACUUAAUCAUUGUACAACGAUCGACAAUGUAGAUGCUUGUUUUAUGGAUGUUAUAUGGAGCCGAGAUCCAGAUAAAACAAAAAUAGAAUUACAUGCAAGAGGUGAUGGAAGAACAAUAUCUGUAGAUCAUUCACUUGUUACUAAUGUUGAAAUGGAAAACCUAAAUUCUACCCUUAUUUGGAAUCGAGGAAUUUCAUAUAUAUGCUCAACGGAUCAAUGUAAUAGCUUAACUAACUUAAAACGUAUACUAGAAUCAGUAACAUUAAAUGAUAAUUUUAAUGAACUUGAAUAUUUACUUAGAAGUGAUGAACCGUUUGAUGGAAAUUGGUGUAAAUUCUCGACAAAUUAUACAUCACCAGAUUGUAAUAUUGGUAUACCACCGAUGGCUUGUCAAGAAUGUUUUUUUCAAGGAAUAAGUGAUCAUGGUCCAGUCGGAUUAUGUUCAAAUUGUUUACCGUUCGAUACUGAUGAAUCAUUUAUAUCCCAUGAAGUCAAUUUUAAUAUGACCGAUCGUACACGUUCGGAUCAUUGGCUUUUAGAAUGUCGAUUUAAAGAUUGUAAUACCUAUGAUAAUGGCAAUAUGGUUCGACAAAAGAGUAUAGCUGACUUUGAUUUUACCAAAUUUUUAGAUGCUAAUAAAUCAAGUAUUUUAUCAUCGAUUAACAAAAAUAUGAUACUUUUUCUUAUCGUUAUAACAAAACUUCUUAAUUAA